GAGAAAUAUUCUCCUCAUCAUCAAGUGUUCUCCAACCUAUAUAUAGAGUUGCACAAAGAUCAACAACUAAUAUCACAACAAACAGAGAAGAAAGAAGACGAAGGAAGACAGGAGUUGAAGGUUAGAACGAUGGACGUUUUUGUUGAUGGUGAAUUGGAGUCUCUCCUGGGGAUGUUCAACUUUGAUCAGUGUUCAUCAUCUAAGGAGGAGAGACCACGAGAUGAGAUGCUUGGCCUCUCUAGCCUCUACAAUGAUCAUCUUCAUCAUCAUCAGAACAAUGUCUUGUCGUCUUCUGAUCAUCAUGCUCUGUUGAUUCCUGAUAUGUUCCCAUUUGGUGCAAUGCCGGGAGGGAAUCUUCCAACAAUGCUUGAUUCUAAUUGGGAUCAAAAUCACCUCCAAGAAACGCCAACUCUUAAGAGGAAACUACUUAACGUAGAGAAUCUACACAAUACUAACUCUAACUGUGACGUCACAAGACAAGAGCUUGUCAAAGCCAAGAAAAAGCAGAGGGUAAGCCCGGAAAGCAAUACAGUCGACGAAAGCAACACUAAUUGGAGAGAUGGCCAGAGCCUAAGCAACAGUUCAGAUGAUGAGAAAGCUUCGGUCACAAGUGUUAAAGGCAAGACAAGAGCCACCAAAGGGACAGCUACUGAUCCUCAAAGCCUUUAUGCUCGGAAACGAAGAGAGAAGAUUAACGAAAGGCUCAAGACACUGCAAAACCUUGUACCGAACGGGACAAAAGUGGAUAUAAGCACGAUGCUUGAAGAAGCAGUCCACUACGUGAAGUUCUUGCAGCUUCAAAUCAAGUUGUUGAGCUCGGAUGAUCUAUGGAUGUACGCACCAUUGGCUUACAACGGACUCGACAUGGGAUUCCAUCACAACCUAUUGUCUCGGCUUAUGUGAAGGACUUAACAAGUUGCAAUGUCAUUGUAAAGAAACCGAUUUAGAACAUAUGAAUCCCUUUAAGUUGGGCCCUACCAAAGAGGUCUACUUUCGGAACGUUCUAUUUUCUCUUGAUGUUCAUUCUGGAUUUAUUUGUUAUUCUAUAACUUCUUUUUGUCUUUUUCUUCAUCAUGGUUCUAAGAACUUCUGGUACUUUUUUUUAAUGUAAUUAGUUAUAUGAUUACAAUAUAUAAAGUCAACUCAGACUAAUAAAGUAACACAGUCUUUCCUCA